AUGAUUAUGACUGAUACUGUUGAUUUCCACAGCCAUCUACCUCCAUAUAGAUCACUACUUAAUCCUAAUGCUAAGUAUGACUAUAGAACUCAUUCAUUAAUCCCUUUAAGUCAAAAUGAAUUGAAUGGAUUACGUUCAUCAUUUGAAAAGAAGAAGAAUGCAACUGCCAACGGAUCAAAUGGUAACAAUAGCACCAGUCUGUUUAAAAUGAAGUAUAAAUCACUCUUGAGUGAUGUUAGUCGAAGUAUAUCAAUGAGAAUAAGUAAUCCUAAUUUACUUGCUUCUUCCACUACAACAAUUUCAACCAAACAAAUAGCAACCUCAUCCAAAAGAAAAUCUCCGAUAGUUCCUUCAAUGCAAUUCAAAGAUUUACCGAUUGAAAUUCAAGAUUAUGUUUUCUAUUUAGUUGAUUCAAAAGUUGAUUAUAAGAGUUGCAUGUAUACUUGCAAACUGUUUUAUUUCUUAGCAAAACCUUAUUAUUAUCAAGAUUUACAUUUUACAACAACUUACAGAUUUGCACAAUUUAUUUCAUAUUUAAGAUUGAAUUCAAAUGUAGGUCAAUAUGUCAGAACCAUUGAUUUAUCCGGUAUAAAGCCAGGUUAUGACGAAGAAGCCCAAGAAGAAGAAGAAAAUGUCAAUGCAGCAAUUAAUGCAGUGGCAAUACUUGAAGAUCAAGAAGAGAACAAUAAUAAUGUCCACCCACGUCUAAAUAAUCAUGAAUCAACUGGCAAGGAUGAUUCAGAUGCAAAGGUUCUUGCAGGUUGGAGAGAUUGGAAAUUUAAAACAAAUCCAUUAUAUUCAGUUUAUAAUCAAGUUUCAACUACCGCUUUAGCAAAAGUUUCUUCCAAUACCCAACAUCUGAUUUCUUCAGGAAAAUCAUCCAAAUCAAUUAAAUCAUUAUCUUCAACAAGAUUAACAAGACCAUUCAAAUAUUUUAAGAGGAACAAGAGUAAUAGUAAUAAUAAAUCAUCAAAUUCACGAGAAUUAUCUUCAAGAAAAAGACCAAGAUUGGAAACCCUUGACUUGCUGGCUCAAGAUUCAAGAAAUUCAAUAUUAGCAAGAAAUUCAAGUGUUCAUCCUUUAAUUAGUAAAUUCUUAUUACAAUAUUCCUCAUCUAAAGAUAUCCCAAUUGGAUAUGUUUUACAUUUAAUCAAUUUAUGUCCAAAUGUUGAAUCCAUUAAUUUGGGAAAUCUUUGCCUUUCAAUGGAUUAUGAAAUUAGUCGAUCAAUGGUUUUUAAAUAUCAAAAUUUCGAUAUCAUGAAUAAUUAUCCUAAAGAUUUAGUUGAAAGAAUCGAUAAUAUUAUGAAAUCUGAUGAAAUUGAUGAUGUUUUAUCCUAUGAUCAAGCUAGUAUUUUCAAUCUAGCUGGAAAUUCCAAUAAUAUGGAUUUGAAAUUAGCUUCUAAUUUAUUCAAAUCUAGUCAAUCAAUAAAAUCAGCUGCAUCAUCCUUAUAUGAACUCACGACAUUUUCAAAACCAACAACAAAAUAUAAUAGUUUAUUAUCCCCUUUACCAAGUACGGUAUCCGGUAUUUCUUAUUUAAAUAAAGGGGAUGGAAAAGUAUAUCUUUCCGAUUUGAAUUUAAAAUCAAUUAAUAGUGUAUUUUUGAAAAAAAUUAAAGAAGAUGAAUUGUUAAUGGCAAUCAUUAAAAUGCAUGGUAAGAAAGGAGGAACAUCUCCUUAUUAUAAUUAUAAUGUUUAUAAUAACAAUAUGAAUGGAAGAAACUUGAAAUAUCUCAAUUUAUCUUCCAUGAUUUGGUUAAAUCAAUCUUGUAUCCAAUCAUUCCUUUCUAAUUUAUUAUUGAAACAUUCUCCAGAAUCAUUACAUUAUCAAGGAUUCUCACCUGAUGACGAUUACGAUAUGUAUUAUUCCGAUCUUGAAGAUGAAGAAGAUGAUCCAGCACAAUAUAGACAGGAUUUAGUCCUUGAUUUAACCGAUUCUGGAAUGUAUAAGAACUUACCCUGGGCGAGACGUAUUGAUUUAAAUACAAUUGAUGGGUGUAGGGUUGCAAGUAAGAUUAUCAAUAAUCUGUUAUUAUCAGAAGUUCAAGAGAUUAUGAGAAGAGAAAGAAUUAGAAGAGGAAGAAUUGGAGAAAAUUAUUUGACAUGA